AUGAGUACGCCAUCUUCCAACGUUACUUCGCCUUCGACUUCUUCUCUGUAUGCGAGUUCCAUGCUAGGCACCGGUAUGGGCCGUUCGGCUUCCAACCGCUCGCUUUUCCGGGACCUGUUACCAUCGACAUCGUCGGCACUGGGAAGGGUCAAGAAUCGGUCGCGUACCAACACCAUUGGAGAAGGAGGGUGGGGCGACGAUCAUAUGCGCAAUCUUGGCUCGGACUAUCAGGAAAUCCAGAAACGUACACUGACAAAGUGGGUGAAUGCCCAGCUCAGUCAGGUCGACGAUCGCAUCACCAACAUCGACACGGAUCUGAAAGACGGCAAACGGCUUUUGAAACUCCUCGGCGUCGUUGCUAAGGAACCGGCCCCGAAACCGGAGCGGAUGAAUAUGCGGAUCCACCAACUGUCCAAUGUAGCCCAAGCACUCAGCUUUUUGGAGAAGCAAGUCGGGUCGGAAGCCAUGCCGGAUAUUGGCAACGAAGCCAUCGUGAACGGCGACGUGAAAAAGACGCUGGCCCUGAUCUUUUUCAUUAUGUUAAAAUACCAAAUCCAACUGAUCAUUACAGAACACGGCGAAGAUUUUAUCGCCUCUUUAUCGUCAUUAUCUCAACGAUCUCAAUUACCACCAAAAGAUGCAUCGUCAUCAUCACCGCCACCACCGCUCGCUUUAGAUACCCCGUUGCAACCGCCUGCGACACCUAUUCCCACGAAUCAACCUGGAUCCGCCUUGAUAGCCGCACGCAAGAUCGGCGGCAGCAGUAACUCGAUUGCUGAAAAAAGCUAUUCUGCCACAGACGCCAAACUGGCUUUACUUUACUGGGUGCGCAUUCAACUUGAAGACUACAUUGUGGCCAACAUCAUUCCUUCCAUACAAGAUUUUUCCAGAUCGUGGCGAACAGGACUGGCCUUUUGUUUGUUGGUUCAUCGUCACGAUCCUGUACUUAUACCCGACUUGUUCACCAUUCACCUGAAAGCAAACCUAUCUGAAAAGCAGACAUGGCAUACUCUUUUAACCCUAGCCUUUGAUUUAGCUUCGGCUCACCUCGGGAUUCCACCUUAUUUGGAACCAGAAGAACUCAUCGAUGUCGAUUAUCCACACGAACCCAGCGUUAUGAUGUACGUCAGCGAAUAUUACAAAGUCAUGUCGCGAUCGCAGCGAGAAGAACCGGAGGAAGUGAAACGGAAAAAGACGAUCCAACGUCGGGCUACUAUCGCCACCGUGACGGGAGGAGAGGAAGAGGAAGAGGAUGAAGACGAGGGAGACAAUAUACAUUUACCAAUGCCCAUGACCGACGAUGAACAUAAAACCACGUCGACGGAAUCGCCUUCGGUACUAUCAUUAUCGCCAACCGCUUCACCAUCGCCGGAACCGCUCAUCAUGCCUCACGAACCACCUCUUCCUGUACCUACACCUUCGGCCCGAAGAAAGAAAAUGGCCCAUCGAAGAUCCACGCUGGGGGAGGAUGAAAAAGCACGGAUCAAGGCGGACUUAACAGAUCGAUUGAUGAUGCAGCUCACGGGCCAUUUGCCACGCGGCGUGCAUCCCGUGUUGGAUCAGUUGAUCACCAUUCAUGAAACCGUCUUAUCGUUCAUCAAAACCAACGUUCGUACCAUCGAUGAGAUUCCCGAAGAAUUCACGGAUUCCACGGCGGUCGCGGAGUAUAUUGACGCGCUCGAGAUCAUUGAAGACCAAAUGGAAGUCGAAGCCCAGCACUUGGAGACGGCCAAGCAAACGCGACGGAUUCUUACCUCACCACCUGAAACCGCCGAUGAUCGAUUGAUCCGUUUAACCGAACUUCAACGGUCGCAAGUGGUCAAACUACAUGAUGUCUUGCAAUCCGAGUGGAAUGAAUUUGUCACCUUACUCCAUGCCACCAAAACCGACUUGAUUCGAGUGGAGAAUGAUCUCACUGGUUCCGAAAGCGAUCGAAAAACGUUUGAAAGUGAAGCUCAAGCCAUCGAACAAAAACUACAGGCCCUGUACCAACUGUUAAGCAAUACGGCUCCAAAAGAAAAUGAUCAACCCAUUCACCCGCUGGACGGGUCCGAAAAAGUCGUCCAAAUCUAUCAAGAAAAUCUGUCACAGGCCGCGGAUCAGUUGAAUUCCUUUGAACUGAAUGCGUGGAAAGCGUUCAAGCGUGCGAUACUGCAGCUGUCACCUUCAGUUCUACGGAGCAUGUCGACACGGCACGACCAGAUCCAAAACCGAUACACGCAACUGGCGACGACGCUGAAUGAGGCCAAGAAAGAUUGCAUCAAUUUCCAAAGGGGACUCGAAUUUCAGUCGCGCGUUACCGAGGUGGAUCGCGAGCUGCAAGGCAUUCAAAGUGUCAUGGACAGCAAUCAGAAAGCGACGACGAAUAAUGCUAUUUCCGAGCUGGAAAAACGCGUAAGCUUUGUCCGGUCCAAGAUCAAUGCGAUUCGUGAAGAAUUUGGCGAUUUGUGGGUCGACGACGACAAGCCGCACAGUGCGAGGUUCCAGGCCUGCUUUGAAAAAAUCGAGCAUCAGUAUCAGACCGUGCGAAGCUGGGUUGACGAAGUGCGUGUUUGGUUUGUGGAAGCGCAACGGAUCCGAAAAUGGAUUGAUGCUCGCAUCGAAACGAUCCAGGAACGCAAUGAAAAAGACGCUUUCGAUCCGCUGGCGGUGGAUUUUUCAUUAACGCAAGACGAAGCCACCCAGCUCGAGGAAGAGCAUCAGCGUCUCAAGAAACGCAUUGAUCGAUUUAAUGCGGAUGAUAUGGCACGGUUGCGGGCGCACGUCAAGAAAUUGACCAUGAGCGAACGCGAUCGAGAACUGAGUCCUGCCGAUACGUCGACAAUUGAAAUUACGUUGGUGACACUGAACAUGCUAAACAAACUGAUGCAGCUGUUGCAAGAUCGGUCCAUGACGGUCGACAUGGUCAAUCUCCGGUUGAAAUGGGAAGCCGCCUUAGCCCAUGCGGAUGCAUGGAUCGGAACGACGGACGGACGUAUUACGGAAUUCAUCCAAGGACAAGCACGUUGGACAGACGACGAUACCAGUGAUGGCAAAAACCGUGUACGACGCAGCCAUGAACAUACCGAGCAAGUAAUUCAGGCCUUGGUCGAGUUGGAGGAACAAAUUGCCCGAUUUGAUCAGGGCGACUAUCUCGAAACCUUGGACGGAUAUCAGGAAAUGGAGGACUUGCAUGGCGAUAGUUUACCGGAAUAUCUUGACGGGCGUCAAGUUCAUCUGGAACAACGGUUUGCCGAUCUCAUGAAACGGUCCGUGUUUGCACGUAAAGUGGUCGAGCAGCAUUUGACGGUACAAGAUGUGGUCACCCAAUUCAAGCAAAUGAUGCGGGAUGGCGAACGAUUGCGCCAAGAUAUGAUGGAAGCCGUCGAUGUGGCGGGGUAUGCGCAAGAGAAGGAUGUAUUUGGUGAUACCGUACGCCAAUUCAAAGAUAAUUCGGCUCACUUGCUGAGCAACGUCGAUGCGCGCGUGUAUUAUCCGGAGGAAUCUGUCGUCACAGAAGCGGAUGCAGAGGCCAAUCUCCUUGCCAAUGACCGUAUCCGCGAAACGCUUCAAACGUACGGCACGGCUUUGGCCAUCCUUGCUGAAGACCUCGAAGAUCUGCUAACGUCGCACCGACAAUCCAUGUCGCUGCAACAACGAGCCACCUUUACGUAUGACGAAGUGUUGCGCGUAGCCAGCUGGAUGGACGAACGAACCAAUGCACUGUACGGCUCAAGGAUUGAUGAAGCCGAACUAGAAGAAGAGGUGAUUGUGCAGUGCAAAAAGGACACAGAAGCGGUAGCCGCACGCCUGGCUCAGAUGGAGCAGACCGAGAUGGUGAAACUAAUGGAAAGGGUCCGUCGUGUCGAAGACGAAAUCGAUGCUUCCAAUGCAGUGUCAAUCGACCGACAAACGUUUAUUGACGGCAUUGAACUCCUGGAAACCAACCAUGAACGCUUGAAACAAGCCCUCUUGGACCGUGAACAGGAGCUCGAGGCGCAAAAUGAACGACUGAUUUGGGAAAGCCACUCUGCCGACGUCCAACACCGCAUUCUAGACACAACCCAAGAAGUGUGGCAAGUUAUUGCCAACGCAACCCAGCGACCUCACGAGAAUGAAACGGUAUUCACGAUGGCACAAGAUGUGGAUCACUUAAAAACAACUUGCCACGAUCUUUCCGCUGAUAUUCAAAAGCUAGAUGAGCAACUGGAAAUGAACAAAACGCGUUACGAGGAUCUGAAGCAAAUAUCGAAUGAAGGCGUGCAAUUCAUGCUGGUCAAGCGAAAAGACGUGCAGCAAACUCAGGAGCAACUGGAUCGCCUUGUCCACUUGGCAACCAGUCUUUUGGGUCAACGACAGGUGGUGACCUCUUUGUUUUCGGACGCACAAACGGUGGAAGCGCAAGGUCAUGCAAUCCUUGACAUGAUUGCAGCUGAUCUUGGCCAAGGUACAACCGAUGUACGAGAACAGUUCGUAGCUUUUGAGCAACAGAUUGAUCGUCUGUGCAACCUGCAGCUUGAUCUACCAAAAGACAGCGAUUGGAUGGCCGUGGAUCAGUUGAGCGAAAUUAGCGAGAAUUUGGCGGAAAUGAAAUCCACCAUGGACGAAAAACAGGCUUCUCUUGCUUCGUUCAAAGCCAAAAUCACCCGCUGUGUUCGAGAUCGCGAAACGGUUCAUGAAAUGUCCUCGAUGGUGCGACAGCAGGAACAAGAAACCGAACGAUUGCGCCGCUUGCUUGAAGAGCAUUCCCAGAGCAUGAAGCAGCCAGCGAUUGAUGUGACCCAGGAACACUUUAGUGUCGAUGUUGAUACGUUGGCCUUGACGGUUGGCGCGCACUCUAAAUUGGCGGCGGAGGUUGCCCAUCUGGAGAAAACAGAGAUCCAGGCAUUGCAAGUUAAUUUGGAGGAACUCAGUCAUCGUGUCACGGAGCGAGACCAGUUAAGUGUGGAUCUGGCCACGGUCAAACGUGGUGUGAGCGAAGUGACGUCGCGAUUGGGACAAUUGAAGCAGAGCUUGACCGAUCGAGACAAAUUAUUGGAUGCAGCACAACAACGUGCUCAAUGGGAAAGCCUUUGCAAAGAGGCGAGUAUGCAACUGGAGGCCAUGCAUGAGCAGGUGCGACAACUGGUUUCUGUCAAGAAUAAGUGCAUUGGCCAAGCCGAUGUCCCGAAAACAACUUUGCAAACCAUGGCCGCCGAUUUGGAGCAACUGGAAAACGGGCGGAUUGCAUUGAUGGAUCAUACCAUGCCGCAAGUACAUGAAGCGUACACCCAUUUUGGCGAGGCAUUACUCAAGACCAACACUUUAUCAGCGGUGCCAGGAUGCGUGGAAGCACGAUGGUUGGCUGUGCAGCGCUCGGCGGCGAAAUUGAAAGAAAUCAUUGCCGAAACAGAAAAGGAAACCGAAUCUCUCCAGCGUCGUUUGCAUUGGACAAAUGCAGUGCAAACCGCACUGAAAGAACUGGCCGAAAAGCAAUCCAAUGUGGUCGCAUUUGUAGAAGAGCGCGCUCGCUGGAACCCGGAUAUCGAUCAUGAAGCGUGUGACGAGCAAGCCUUGCAACAAGCGUCGGAGGACUUGGCGCAGGAUUUCACCGAGUUCCAGAACAAGACAGUGGCACCAUUAGUAACAAAGUUUCAACAACUUCAAGUCACUAGCGCGGAACACAGUACGAGUUUCGUCAUGGACACGCUGUCGGGAUUAUGGGACGAGCUUCAACAUAUUCAAGAACAAGUGAAAAAUGAUCUGACAUUCGCAGAGGAAGUGGUCAAACAGCGCUGUUUUAUUUCUGAUUUUGUAUGGCAGACGACACAGUUGGAGCAAGUAGCGGAGUCGAUCCGGGAAGAAUUUCUCGCGGCUGAAACCGAUCUGCAACGGCCUAUUGAACGGUUUCAAAAAUUCCGAGCCGAUGUCGUGGAUAUCCAACAACGGAUGGGGGCUCCGAUCCCGUUACCAUCGCGAUCGAAACAUUACGCUCUGGAUAACGGAGUCAAGGACAGUACGUUGAAUGCGGUGGUUCAGAAUACCAUGCAAAUGCGAUGUGCGCGCUUGACCGAACUGUGCAUGGCUUUACAAGGACUGGUCGAUAGCAAAGAAAAGGCGUCGCGCUGCAAGAUGGCCGUCGAUGGGUACGAAAAGCAAGCGAAACUGUGCGUGUCAUGGAUCAAGCAGUAUCGCAACAGAAUGGAGGAGCACAGAGAACUGAUCGACCAUACCGCCACAGCCGAUUUGUAUCGCCUCAAAGAAGCUCUCAGCAGCAUUGACAGCUUGGAAACGAGCAUGAAAGCCAAGGAAAAUAUCUACAGUUUGCUGGUCACAGUGUAUGAGCGUUGUAUGCAGCUUCUAGCCGAUGAACAAGAGGGCGAUUUGAAAGAAUCCCGCGAACAUGUCGUUCAGACGCAGAGUACCAUUGGUAUGGAUUGGCAGCGCCUAUUAGACCAAAUCAGCCAUGCCUCGUCCAUUCUUGCCGCCGCCUUGGUUCCUGCCGAAUUCAGCCACCAACUCCACGCACUGAUGGGAUCGUUUGAACAGCUGAAAAGUGACGUUGACAAAGCAGAUCCUAUGACGGUCACGGAUGAAACCAUGCUCCAGUGGCAAAAAAGAAUUGAUCAUUUAGCCAACAAGGACUAUGCCAACUUGCUGCGUCAAUCAGCCAACUGUGCGGAGAAGUUGAGUGCGGAAACUAGCAGUCAAUUGGACGAUGUCAGUGAAAUGGUGCUUUGUAUCCGCACCUUGUUAACCGAACUGUACGAUACAGUCGACCUUCAUCGACUUUGCAAGACGCACGAAGAAAACGCAGCCAUUGUAAUCAAGAUGAUUUCAAGGGCCAGUGAAGCCGUGGACGAUGUGAUGCGAGCGUACAGACAAGCAUCAACGGCCGAAAAGCCCAGCAAAGAACAGCGUGAUACACGGCAACAACAUUUGCUGACAUCUCAAAGACAAAUUCGUAAACAACUGGCGGAAUGCGAAGAAGCGUACGAUGAUUUGGUGGCCUACUACCAGUUUAUUAUCACACAGGGCGGACAGGAGAUUGUUUUGCAGACACAUCAGCAAGUGGAAAAUGCAUGGUCCACGGUUCAACAAAGCAUGAGCCAUCUCUCUUUAUUUAUCUCGUAUGCUGACAAAUGGGUUAAAGCGUACGAAAAACUGGAACGGAUCUAUGAACAGUUGACGACCUUGAAAUCACAGUUGGAUACGGAUAAUGCGUCGCCCGAUGCCAUGGAAGCGCAGCUGCCGGCCAUCGAAUCCGGCUUGGACGGAUUGGCCGAAAUGCUGCAUACGAUAGAGGAGGACCAAACAAAUCAUCAGGCGGACUUUGCACAACACCACGCCGCGGUCACCGCUAGGUACAAAGCGGUCCAAUCGCAACUGUCCAGUCUGCGUUUAAAGAGCGAACGCGUGGCGUUGAUGCGAUCGUUCAGCAUAAAAACCAAGCAGUUGCGUGCUGUAUGCGAAGAUCAACUGACGUUUAUCAAGCAGCAAGCGGCGUCGAAUCCAAACAUCGUAGGGAAGCAAGCGGAUGCCAUCAACAACAUUGUCCACGCGUACGGCGAAGCGCUCAACCACAUUCGGGAGACGUAUACCGAAUGCAAAAGUGAGUACGAUGGCCUGAUCAAAAAGCAGGCGGAUCGGUUGAUCGAUACUCUGGACCAACCUCGUGCCGAAGUCGAUGAUGCCAAACGGCCGUUGGAGGAAGUGUUAGCGAAUCUCGAUCAGGCCAUCCAAUCGGCCGACGCUUACGUGACAGCGCUCAAAUCAGCAUCGCAGUACGCUCGUAUGGAAGUCGAUUCCGCGCGUUCGCUCACGGAUUUCAAAGCGUUCUUAUCCCAAUGUUCGAAAAGCGCAACGACCCGUGCCAACAACAAGCAUCCCAUCCCCGACCUGAAAGAUUUUAUUAGCCGGUAUAAUUCCAUCACGGAAUCCAUGCGAGAAUUCUUUGAGAUGGGCAACGAAUUGAAAUCGAAGCUUCAAGAGGAGAAAAAAAUGAAUUCGGCCCGUAUCAUGUCGAUUACCAAGUCGGUCGACCAACGACAAAAGGGGAUGCGACGACGAUGGUCCGAAAGCCGAGCUGCAGCAGAGGAAACCAAAGGCCGCUUGGAAGAACUUCAGCGACGCCAGGACGCCGCAGCCAAGAUCAGCUCCAUUCAUAAGUACGUUGAUUCGAUCAGUCAUCGAUUGAAAUCGUUGCAACUGUCGGGAAGAACGAUCGCAUUGGAAGAAGAAGAAUUGAAAGAAAUUGAACAAGAAGUGGAAGUAUCCCUUACCAGCAGAACACGCGCUUUGGAUACAUUGCUCUCUCAGUUGAAUGAUAACGACGGGGCGUUGAAACGACAACGAGCCCAACUGACCAUUUCCAUUGAUGAUCUUCGCGAUUUCUUGGUGGUCCGAAGGCAGCAAGCGUAUACCCAGGGCAAUAUUACCUUGUUUUUGAAUCUGGCGGAUCAGCUCCAGGAACAUAUGGCAGAACUGUCGAUGGCAAUCCGUCAAGCUGCGCCACAGAAUGCACAAAUCGUCAAUAACCGGUUCAACAAGUCGAAUCUGCAAACCAUGCUAAAGACGUUGGUGACGACGUACAAAAGCAGCGAAACAACGAUUGUGGACUUGCUGGAGCAAGCGAAAUCCGAAGCCAAGAAGCAGUUCCUGGAUGAUAAUGAUCGUGUGGCAGCGCGUCUGGAUCAAAUUGUUCGUCAAUGGACAGAGACUCAAGCGGCUGCUACGGCACGCGAGAAGGAACUUCUAAUCUGCAUCAAUCAACUCAACCACGAAUUCUUUACGAAAUUAGCUAUGGCACGAUCCACCCCGCGUAUGCGUGCUGAACGUCGCCCUGCAGCAACGCGGCCUCCAUCGGUGGCCGGACAGGGAGCACGUCGAUCGAGUUUCAAGUCGUCUACAUUAUCGGUGGACAAUCGCAUCGCUGCCACCCAGCGGCGGUCACGAUCCCCUGUCCCAUCCAACAGCAAACAAAGGACAAAAUACGUGGCCGACCCGAAAAACGAAUUGGAUAUUCAGCUGGGCCUGAUUGUCAAUGAAAAUUCCUACGGUGUCAAGGUGAAACGCGUCAGUGGCGAAUCUGGCAAAUACUGGUUUGGCGAAGAACAUCCUCGUUUGGUGUACUGCCGUAUCCUACCCAGCAAACUGGUGAUGGUUCGCGUGGGCGGCGGAUGGGUGGAGCUAUCGAAAUUUUUGAAAGAUCACAGUCAUAACGAGACAGGUAUGAUGAGGCGCGGAUCGAUUGCCAGCGAUUCCGAUGGAUACCAAGAGACUUUCUUGAGUGUGAAGAACAAUCUGUCCAGUAGCCGACUGAGCGUCCAAGAUAAUGGUAGCGUGAUGGCUUCAAGUGACGUGGAAUUGGAACCGUCGGUCUCUAGUAUAUCUUCUACCGGACGAUCACGGUCGUCGGCUGUCAGCAGCAGCACUGGGUACGUAGACGGGGAUCGAUACAUCCAAAUGGAUGAAGACGGAAAUCAAAUUGCAUUCAAAAUGACCAAAGCCAAAGACGACGCUAAAAUGCCCGUCAUCACUAAAUCUCGCUCAUAA